CUCCUCUCCGUCUUCAACCCAGCCGCCGCACGCAAAACCGGUAAAUCCGUCUCCGUCCCGCGCACGAACCAAAAAUCCCCCAACAUAAUCAUCGGUCCCGAGUGCGAACCCUCGCCAAACCCUAACCAAGCCGGCGAUGGUCCCUCCGCCUCCGCCUUCGCCUUCGCCUUCAUCAUCAUCUGACAAGCUUGUGGCAGGUGCUGCUCAGUCUGCACCUCUAGUACCCUUACAAGAGCCAGAUGUUUCAUCCUUGGGGGAGUCUUUUGACACCACAUCAUCACAAGAUUUGAUUACUGCCAGUCAUAACAUCAUUGAUGAUGGCUCAUCUAGCACUUGCCCAUCCAGAAUUGACAAGCCUGUGGCAGAUGCUACACUGUCCACAUCUCUGCAAGAUGUGGCCCUUUCGCUCUUGGACGAAAUUUUCGAUGAUAAUCCACGAACGGCGCCAGAUAACACCACCACUGAUGGCUAUCUGCAAUCAGCUUCCUCAUCUGUUGGGUCUAGCAUUUUGGUCCGCAGUUUUGUAAAUUGCUACCAGCUGUUCUACAUUAGAAUAGACCCCAGGGGCUCUUGCUGGACUUACCCUGAUGUGGGUGGACCGUUUCAGAGAGUAGAUGAAGCUGACGAUGCUAUCAAGUGCUUUCUUGAUGAACUGCAGCAUGGAGCAAGGUGCACACAAUCAGGUGAAUUUUCUCGUGUGGAUAGGAUGAUACAUGAUUGUAAACACUAUCUUUAUGGUCCACCAAAGAGAGAUCCCAGUUCUCCGAGUAGCAAGACUACCUAUGAUGAAAAGCAAUACUUGGUUCAAGCUAUAUUGGACCAGUAUAAUGAUGACAACAAACUUUUUGGGCAAAACAAAAGGGAGCUGACGAUAGCAGUGGCAAACUAUUCUUUGCUGAAGUGACACAUGUGCAAAGAAGAAUGGCCUGGAAGGUCAGCUGUUUCUGCAAGAUUGACACUGAAGUUAAUGGGGGUCACUGUUAUGGUUGCAGAAACAAGGGGACUCCUCCUAUGAAGCACCCCCAAAAUACUAAUGCAUACGCUGGUGGUCACUUGGAUGUAGAGCGAUAUCGUUUGGUACUGACAAGCAGCUCCGAGGAUGAGGAAUCGGAGGAUGAAUCGGAGGAGGAGUUGGGGUUGUUUGAAGUGGAUGAUGUGGAAUCGGAGGAAGAGGAGGAAGAGGAAGAAGAGGAAGAGGAAGAGGAAGAAGAGGAGGAGGAGACUAACAUGUGGCUAAGAAGGGAUACAUUCGAUAAAUUCCUAGAUACUAUGUUGAAUGAGUUACAAGCCGAAGGAGAUUAGGCGUAGGCCAUGAUGAAGGAUGAGAAAUGAGACUAAAAGCCAGGGAAGAAUAUAUAUGCAAUCGAUCAUGUUAUGGGAUCAAGAAAAAGAGGCACACAUUGUUUGCUCCGGAGGCUUAAAGUUACCACAUUUUUUUGACGCAAGAAGGCUCUACCUUAUAGUCAUUUCAUUGAUAGAAAUGAGGUUUAUAGGUUACAAGUUUAAGGUUAGAGAGAAGAGAGACAGAGAGGGAGGUACAUAAAGGAAAGCAGAAAAGAAAGAGUAACGGGAAAAAGAAAGAGAAUGUACAGGGGUAUAGAUAUAUACAUGAAAGUUACCACAUUGAUCAAGAGAGAAAAAUAUUGAUCGUUAGAUCGGUGUGUAGGACUAGAUCGUAACUGUUUAUAUUGAUCAAUAUAGUUCUAUAGAAAAUAUAAUUGCAUUUAUGGAACAAAAGUGAGAGUCUUUAUGAAGCUA